AUGCAUCUGGAGUUCAUCGACGGCAACACUGCCAUCUCAGCCACCACCCGAAAGCGCAUCCGUAGCCAUGUGGCUCGAGGCAAGAACGCGGGGAGACGCCUCGCACGGCCAUCCCGGCUGAACAAAGCCCAUAUCGAUCCUCCGACUUACUUCCGUAUCCCUGCCCUCCUUCAGGGUCAGAAUACCAAGGAACAUCCAGAGGCUAUGUGCGACAUCGAAAGACCCAUCACGAGCGGUUUAAUCUUCCCGGUGGAGAUGGAGCCACAAACUCGGGACAUCGCACACAAGGACUUCCAUUCAGUCAUCGCCACGUGUCUGUGGAUUGUACCGGGACUCAUAUCCGAGCAGCACAGAGUCACCGAGGCUUCGCGCCAUUUAUUACACACUCUACGCCUCAUCAACGUCCGGCUGGCCGGCGAAAACUCCACCUCGGAUGACACCGUAGCGGCCGUCGUGGGCAUGGUGCACUACGAGCGACACCAGGGGCAGUUCGGACGCGCUCUCAUUCACAUCCGAGGGCUGCGGCAGAUGGUCGACCUGCGUGGCGGGGUUCUAGAGUUGGGAUGUGAGCUGGCAAGGAAGAUAUUUCUGUGUGAUAUUGAAUGUUCAUUCCAGCUGGGCUGUGAGCCUUUGUUCUCUGUUGAAGAGGUUGAUGCUGUGGCUUUUUCAGCAAAUGACUUUGGGUUGAGACCCACUCCAACGACAUCUGGAGCCGUCCCCCAAGGACUAAAUCCAUGUCUAGCCCCGCUGCUACGACAUGGAAUGCAUAUUGCACUUGUUUACAAUACCAUUGACACCGGUAAACGACCGAAGCUUACAUAUUAUUCUCAUUUCGAUCUCGUUCUAUCCUUCGGCUAUCGGCUGUUACAAUUCAGUCCAUUGCAGGGACCGCGGCCAGUUAGUCAUCUAGACGAUGUCAUUCACCUUGGCUUGAUAAUCUUUCUCUGCACUUUCAUUCGACGACUGGAUCGUGGCAUCGCUGACAAUUAUCUACUUGCGAAACGACUUCGGUCUGUCGCUGAGAAAGUGGGAACCGAUCGUGAAACACAGGAAGCACUGCUGUGGGCUCUGCUUGUCGGUACAGCAUCUAUCCUCUCAAGGGAUAUCCCGGAGUGGCUUACGGUAAUGGUUGCAACUCUGAUACAGAGUCUGGGGCUUGCUACCUGGGAAGAUACUCUAUACUUACUUCACCAAUAUCCAUGGGUCAAUGCCCUUCACGAUGAGCCUGCCCGAGGGCUUUGGCAAAAAGUGUCUCCGUCUUCUGAUACAUGA